GGGUCGCCCUUUCCUCUUCCCCUCCGUUUCCCGGCGCCCGGCGAGUGUCUGCCAGGGCUCCGGGUGCCGCCUAGCGGCCGUGCCCGCAGCCCCAUCCUCAUGGAGGAACCGCUGGUCCUGCACCCCGUGAAGCUCUAUGUCUACGACCUGUCCAAGGGCAUGGCCCGGCGCCUCAGCCCCCUCAUGCUGGGGAAACAGCUGGAUGGCAUCUGGCACACCUCCAUAAUAGUUCAUAAGGAUGAGUUCUUCUAUGGCAGUAGAGGAAUCUCCAGCUGUCCACCUGGAGAGACAGUGCUUGGCCCCCCAGACUCAGUUGUUGACCUGGGGAAUACUGAAGUCACAGAAGAAAUUUUUCUGGAAUAUCUUUCCUCUUUAGGAGAAUCUAUGUUUCGAAGAGAGUCUUAUAACUUCUUUGACCAUAACUGCAACACCUUCAGUAAUGAAGUGUCACAGUUCCUGACAGGAAGAAAAAUCCCAUCCUACAUCACUGACCUUCCAGCUGAAGUUCUUGCCACACCUUUUGGACAAGCUUUAAAGCCCCUUCUGGACUCCAUCAAGAUCCAGCCAGCCGGAGGAAAUACCUUCAGCAGACAUAAUGGACAGAGCUAAUGGGAGUGACCCAGUGUGCCCAGCCUUACCAGGCCUCUUCCUUUUUAAAUGUGAAUCUUCCAGAUUUCUAUUUUAUAAUUUCCAUCAGAAUUAACUCUACAGAAGUUACAAUUUUUAAAAUUUCCUAGGGAGAGGAUCUAUCAGGGUGCAUGUAAGACCAAAGCUACCAAAAAGAUUGCCAUAAUUUCUAAUACUAUUAUACUAAUUUAUAAAAGCUGUCUUGUCAAGUGCUGAGUAACUCCUGUGCUGGUAAGUGGGAAUUUAUUCCAGGAGCAUUUAAGGGCCCGUUACACAAUUCAGAGUAAAUAAGGGGAUGUUCUAGCCAUCCCUUGCAGGCUUGCAUCUUUCUCCUGUCACUGCAUAUAUUGGGGGGGUAGUCGCUGAAGUCUGUAGCAGAAAGACGUGGUAUUGGUAGCCUAAGAAGUGAAGGUGUCCCAGGAUUAGUCUUCUGCAUAUUUCAUCGACAUUAUGUUAUUUGCUCAGGGGAAAAGCUGAACUCAUCAGAUGAGAAUAUUUGCAGUGGCACAGCUGUGUGGGAAAGGUGAUCAAGCUGGACUGUGUCAGUGUCACACUCAGAAGUUGAAACUUCCAGUAGGACUGUAUGUGGGAAGGAGGCUGAAACUGAAGGUUACCAAGAGUCUGGUCAUGCUAGAUCCAAGAGUUAUGGGAAAGAACCAUCUGAAAGAACAGAAUCUCAUGAGCAGAAGUGGUGGAAACAGAUUUUAAGUGAAAGUAAAAUUAAGUGAAAUGUUUCUUUUUCUCACAUGUAAGCUUAUCAGCAGAUAGACAGAACCUUGUAAACUAUGUAUAAAUCUUUACAUAAGAGCUGGGUUUUUUUUCUUAUAGAGCCAGAGUUA